CAGAGGUUUCAAUUUUCCUAUAUGUAUGUAAAAAGUUUAUGGAUCGCACAUCUUAGGUUCGGGGUCCCUGACACCCCAUAGUAGUCACUGAUAGCAUGUCGUUAGUUGGAUGCAAUGACUGAGGUGGCGCUUGAAGAAUUUGGAUAGAUACGUUAUUAUGCGAAUAGGAAUUGGUUGAGAUCAUGAGAUGUCCGUAUGUAUUUAUAUAUAUAUAUAUAUGUAAAUAGGUACACUCUGGUUCGUUCUAGAAGUUUUUGGACAUAGCGAAAUAGCGACAAGUUUUGAGAGACGCGCGAGUAACGACAACGACGUCGAUAUCGUGCACACGACAAGUUAAACAUGUCAGAAAGUUCGGACAGUAAAGUUGAUAUCGUCAACUCUAUGUCUGUGGCUGUACCAGCCGAUUCACCCAAGAAACCGGUCAAGUCUACAGCAGUUGUAAAAUAUUCGACUGUUCAGACACCAGCAACUUAUGCUCAAUUACAAUGUAAUACAGAUUUAAAUUUACCUCCGAGCAAUUGGUUAAGUAGCUCUGCAGAGAGUUAUGGAUUGCAGAGCGUUUGGUCUCAGACUUCUGGAUUUUCCAGUUUUCGUAUGGCACAUAUGUUCCCUGAUUGCGUCGGGGAAGUUGACGUGGUAUCUGAUGCAGAAAAUAUUAAGAAAUUGCUAAAGCUACCUUACAAUCAUGGAAUAAUAUCCAUGGUGGUUCAUAGAAUUGAAAAUACUUUACUAUUGGAUGAUUUUGAUAUCCAUAAGUAUUUGCUUAGACAAGCGGAAAGCGAUUGGGAAUGGCUGAAAAAAUUUUUUUACGAGCACAUUUUCCAAAAUCUAGGGGAUAAAGAGAAACGUCUGUUUCACAAGACAAGUAGUAGAAAUACUUUGCAACAAAAAAACUUGGUAUCCAAGUUUUUGUAUCGCUCCAUAGUAGUAGCAGAUGAGAAAGAGCAGCACGUGAAACCACAGUUGCCCGUGAAAACAUUAGAACCUUGUUUACCAGAACCUACGCAAGAAGAAAAAGUGCCAGACCCAAAUUAUAAUCACAAUUUUGCAAGAAACAUUGUGUGGACUUUUGAAAAUAUACAGAUGCUUAUUGGUACCGAUAUGCCAAUAUUUGGAGGGUUAACGCACCCUUGCAUAAGUCUCAGAUUAAGAGAUAUGACCAAACCCAUUAAUGUUUUAACCGGUAUAGAUUACUGGCUGGAUAACUUGAUGUGUAACGUCCCAGAAGUGGUGAUGUGUUAUCAUUUGGAUGGUAUCGUGCAAAAAUAUGAAUUAAUAAAGACAGAAGAUCUUCCUAAUUUAGAUCAUUCUAAAUUCAGUCCGAAAGUUAUCAGAGAUGUUGCUCAAAAUAUUUUAAGUUUUUUGAAAAAUAAUGCAACCAAAGCUGGACAUACUUAUUGGUUGUUUAAAGGCAAGGAUGAUGAGGUGGUCAAAUUGUAUGAUUUAACGUCUUUGUGUCACGAUGUAUCAGAUGAGAAGGGUCAAAAUCCAUUUACUGUACCUGUUGCUAUGCUACUCUAUAGGGUAGCACGUAACAUGAAGUAUUCUUCCGAUUAUCAUAGACAACAGGGUACCAUUAGAAUGCUAUUAAAGAACUGCAUACAAUUGUUAACUAAAGAAAAGUAUCCUCAAAUUGUGACAUCUGCACAUUUUAUGUUGUCCGAUCUUUACAUACCAUCGGAUACAGAUCCAGUUAGUCCUGGAUUGUCCGAUCAGAGCGACGAAGAAGAUACUCAGAGCGAAUCUAGUGCAUUUCAUGAAAGCGAGAAGGAUGAGGAAGAAGAAAACGAAGCGGAUGCAAUAAAAUCUUUGACAUUAGCUAAUAUCAAGGAACAUGCAGAAUGCGAGGAACCGAAAUACAAACCACCACCGAUUUCCGGCACAAUUAAAGAACGAUGUUUAGCUGCUUUAGAACACGUCUGUUACGGACUCGAAUGUUUACAAUACUUUCCGACCAAUGACAACACAGAAGAGGAAGAAAAAGAAGCAGAGGUACAGGAAAAGGUGAAGAAACAGUAUGAAGAAAGUCAUUUAAAUAUGGCAAAACCUUUUGAGGCAAUUCCCAUGCCUUAUACAUCCUUGAAGGAAAAGGAAAAGGAAAAGGAAAAGGAAAAGGAAAAGGACGUUGAAAGAGAGGAAAGUUUGGUAAAUACUAGUCCUACUCAUAAGAAGAAGUUGAAACAAAAAAAGGGUAAAAAAGGUGAGAAAGUUAUAACGAAAGAAGAACCGAUAGAAAAUGAACCGAAAGCAUUGUUAUGUAAGCUUAAGGCCGAAACUUUACCUACGUGGCAGGCGCCUAAAAAAAGCGAUAACAUCAGUUGGAAUGCUCACUUGAAGACACUAUUAUAUGAGAAAGCUUCGUUAAUCUUCGCUGUACUCGCGGAACAUGAAUACGCGAAUAGAAAUUAUGGGGCGUCACUGAGAUAUAUGUUAGCAGUAUUACGCUGUCAGAAGAUAUUGGAGAUCUUUUGUGGUAUAAGAAAUGACAAAUCGAUCAGUUAUUUAUUAGGUCGUGCGGGAGAUUGUUGCUUUAUGGCUGUGCAAGAUUGGUGUAACGUUGAAAAACACAGAAAGGAUUAUGAAACGAAGAACAGGAUCGAAGAAAGGAUCGUCGAAGAAAUAUGUAGUAUGGAAGAUUUAGAUAUGAAUGGUGCUGAAUUGCUGCCUCAACGUUUAGAGAGUUUGGAAUUUACUUUGGUAGCGUCUUACAAAUGUUACGAAAAAGCCUUAUCAUUAGAACCAUUGGAAAUGGAUAAAAAAAAUCUUUUAAGACGUUUAGGAAACAUUCAUAACGAAUUAGGUGUGCUUUACAUGAAUCAAGCUGGAACACGUUAUCAGCAAGAAAAUGCAUCAGAAGAAACAGAAUCAUCUGCUGGUGUAACAGCGUUGCUUGCUCGUUCAUUAACUCAUUUAGAAGCGGGUGUGAAAGCUUUUGAAACUGUUCACGAUGAAGUAAAUUUAGCACUUUUACACUCAAAUACAGGAAGACUUAUGCGACUUUGCGCACACAUGCAUGUGAAAGAAAACAGCCAAGAACGUAAUUUCUAUAAUAAAGCACUUGCGAGUUAUCAAAAAGCGUUGCAAGUUUUAGGUUGUAGAAAGAGAAAUCCUAUGAUUUGGGAUACCAUUACAUGGGACCUGUCUACUACUUUGUUUACUAUGGCUACCUUGUUACAGGAUUAUCCAACAGGUGGAUGCAAAACAGAGGAAGAAUUGGAACGCGAAGUCGUCGAUAUUUUACAAAAAGCUCUGAAACAUUGCGAUACCGAAACACCUGGACCACGGCAACCAGUAUAUCAAUUUCGUGCGGCAACUAUUCAACAUCGUCUCGCAUCUCUGUAUCAUCGUGUCUACAGAGAAUACGAACCGGACACGGAUAACAUUAAAAGGAAAACAAGUUUACAAUUGUGCAAGUUGUAUUAUGAUAAGGCUGCAAAGUUGUUGUUAGCUUUAGAGCAAACUACAGAAUUUCUAACCGUACAAAUGGAAAGGGUUGCUUUAGCUGAACAUCAAGCACGUUGCGCAACAACCUUUAAUGGGAAAUUGAAAGCAUACCAAAACGGUCUGGAAUUAAUAUUACAAUGUAGACCUAUUAUGGAUAUAUUGUGUGAUAAAAACAACAGUCAGAAACAGAAGAUAGAAUGUAGAAGAAAUGCUGUCAGUAACAAAGUGACGAAAGAUGUUCUCGAGGAAGGAAAAGGAAGCGAGGAAGAAAAGUUGAUAGAAGAUGAAGAACGCUUAGUGGUGUUACUCGAACAGAGAUUACAAUUUAUCUUGCGAUCUCUAACGAAAUUAUUUGUUAGCAAGAACAGUAAUAAGAAAGAGUCUGAAACGCUGGCCAACUUGUACAAACAGUGUUAUAGUAAAACAUUACGACCAGUCACAAUGACCGGUUUGACGUUAAUAGAACACAUUGCACAACUUUUACGAGAAUUGGAGAAAAUGUUAUCGUCUAUAGAAUCUUGAACGUACGAUAAAUAAGUAAAUACCUACAUAGAUUGAAAGUGCCAGUUUGAAAGAGUGUACGAUUAAUUGGUCGAUCGGAGUCGCGGAGUUGCUGUUUUGAGGAUUCUUUGUAACUGGUCGUUAAUGCUGGCCAUUAACGCUUGUCAUUGCACGGUUAUGAGAGUAAGAUGUCGACGGGAACGUUCUUUUCAGUGAUUGUAUCGAAAAUCCUCAAGAGUUUUUUUAAUUCUAGCGUGUAAAUAGUGAAAUUGAAGCUCUUAUUUAUAUAUGAUUUAUAACUGAAGAAUAAAUAGCUUACAUACCAAUGUUAAACGAUACCUCACCUCACUCAAGUUGUUAUAACGACUUUGAAAAGAUGUCAAGAGGUUAACAGACGAUGGUGAAGAAAUUCCACGUGUCAACUAUUGACGCGGCGAGUGUGGCGCGUAAGAAGCUACGGAAUAAACGAAAUUACGAAGUUGAGUAGCUCGUAAUGGGGUAAAGGGUGGCUCGUAUUAUUUUCUCUAACUAUUGGGUCGGCCAUCCACGCAAACGCAGCCUUCCCUUUCCGUCUUUUAUGCCAGUUUCAACCCCCACACGCACGUACUACGGACAUAGAGAGAGAGAGAGAGAGAGAACUUUGAAACAAUUAAAUUCCAAGACAUCUUGAGGGAGAGAGGGUCGGCUGAGUCGGAGAGUCUGCUAUUACGCGAAUUAAAUACAUAAUGAAUCCGUCAGACGUGAAAGAAAAGAGAAAGAAAAAAAGAAAAUAUGCCGCGGUGGUCGAGAAUCUUUUUAUUUGCGGCAGCCGAUGGAAUUUUCGGCUCGGAUAAAAGGAAAAUUCACUCUCUUCCUCUCUUCCUCUCUUUUAGAGUCCAUUCCUACCCUUUCUCUGCGAGCUUUUAUCUGGUUGUAUCAAUUAGAGUCGGUGCCUUUCUGUCUUUUCGACGCGCCGCGCCGCGCCGCGCGAUAAGUAAAAAGUCUCGAUGACUUGUUUCUUCGUGUCUUGAAUCGUGUCCUCUUUAGCUCUUCAGGAAUGAUUCAUUUGACAAGUUUCAAUCGUACACGGUGAUAAAUCGCCUAAAGUUUCACAGAGAAUGUUUGUGGUGAAACGCGUCGUCAGUUGAGCAACUAGCUAAACUACUUAGGUGGCAUAUGUUUUGGAAAGCAUCUUGAAUCUCGUAAAUAAUAACUUCUUCUUCCCUUUUGUCUUGAUUUGUUCAACGAAUUUGUUGGCUCGUAAAAGUUUUGAUCAAGAUUGAACGUGACUGACAAGAGACGAGUAGGAUAAAAAAUGUAUCGUAUGUGUCGUAUCGUACACCGUAACAUACCAUAACAUGUACUUUCUUACUUUCUUAAGAAAGCUUAUAAAUAAAAAUGAAAUAACGUCUUUA